AUGUCAACUACUCCAAAGGUUGCUACUUCGCUCCAGCCCGGUGACCGUAUAUUGGUAACAGGAGCCAAUGGCUACAUUGCGUCGAACGUCGUGGACGUCUUGCUAUCUCUUGGCUACCUCGUCCGCGGCACAGUCCGUGAGGAAAAGCCAUGGCUCGUUGAGCUCUUCGAGUCCAAGUAUGGCCCUGGAAAGUUUGAGACAGUCAUUGUCCCCAAUUUAGAAAGUGAGGAAGUCUUGAUUAAGGUUCUGGGCGGAGUUAGCGGUGUUGUCCAUGUGGCGAGUGAUGUCUCGUUCAAUACCGACCCUAACGUAGUCAUAACCAAAGUCGUUGCAUACACGGAAGCAAUCUUGAAAGCUGCCGACAAGGCAUUGGUCAAGAGAGUCGUUUUGACCUCAUCAUCAUCUUCUGCCUGUUUUACACAGCCUGGUGUAGAAGGUAUCGUGAUAACAGAAGAUAGCUGGAACGAUGCAGCCGUGAAAGCAGCAUGGGACGAAAAUMCCCCCGCCGAAGCAAAGCCCUUUGUCAUUUACGCGGCAUCCAAAGCCGAGGGCGAAAGGGCGGCAUGGAAGUGGGUCAAAGAGAACAAUCCGAAUUUUACCUUUAACGCUGUACUUCCAAACCUCGUUUUAGGAAAAGUUCUUCACCCCAAUAUCAACGGGUCGACCAUGAAAUGGGUCGCGGAUUUGUUGGAGGGUAAUGCUAAUGUUCUCUCAAUGCCUCCCCAACACUAUGUCAAUGUGGAAGAUGUUGCACGAAUCCAUGCAAUCGCGCUUCUCGACCCUAACGUCAACUCGGAGCGCCUUUUCGCCUUUGCUGCCCCCCAUACCUGGGUUGGCAUCAUUGAUAUCUUGAAAAAGCUCAGGCCGUCUAAUGAUAAGAUUCCCAGCCCUCCGGCCAAUGAACUCCCUGAUCUGAGUCAAGUUGUGCCUGCUAAGAGAGCAGAAGGAUUACUCAAGUCCUUUUUCGGACAGCAUAGUUGGAUUGGCUUAGAAGAGACUGUGAAGGCUGGCAUUGACACUAGUGCUAUACUAGCAGUCACUUCCAUUCAAGCCCAGCAAACUGGAUAUGGCCAGUGUGGUGGUGAGAACUGGACUGGUGCCACGACCUUCCAGCACUUUGACUACCACAACAUCUUCAAAAACCUCAACAACCACCACCACUUCGAAGACGACAACCUCAUCGACAACCUCAUCGACGAGUUCACCAACGAGUACCGGAAAGUUGAAAUGGAAUUCAUCAGCCAAGGUUUCAACUUUUUCCGCAUUCCUUUUGCCAUGGAACGAAUGGCACAAGGGUCAAUUGAUAGUGCUUUGAAUACCGCAUAUUUGACGAACUACUCUGUCGCUGUCAACUAUAUCACCUCAAAAGGGGCAUACGCUGUGAUUGAUCCUCACAAUUACGGAAGAUACAAUGGCAACAUUAUCACCAAUACUACUGCUUUCCAGACCUUCUGGUCUAACUUGGCAACAGCUUUCAAGAGCAAUUCCAAAGUUAUCUUUGACACAAACAAUGAGUACCACGAUAUGGAUGAGACCCUGGUCUUCAACCUGAAUCAAGCAGCAAUCAAUGGUAUUCGUGGCGCCGGCGCCACAACACAAUAUAUCUUUGCCGAGGGUAAUAGCUGGACCGGCGCAUGGACCUGGAACACGACCAAUGACUCACUUAAAUCUUUGAGUGAUCCUGAGAACUUACUUGUCUACGAAAUGCACCAAUACCUUGACUCCGAUGGAUCUGGAACAAAUGCUGCCUGCGUCUCUUCCACAAUUGGUGUUGAGCGUGUAGAGGGCGCCACAGCUUGGUUGAAGGCCAAUGGAAAGCUUGGUGUUCUAGGGGAGUAUGCCGGUGGCCCCAACUCGGUCUGUCAAGAGGCCGUGACGGGCAUGCUGGACCAUCUAGUCGCCAACAACGACGUCUGGCUAGGAGCUUCGUGGUGGGCUGCCGGACCAUGGUGGCCGUCGUCGACAUGGUCGAGUAUUGAGCCACCAAGUGGACAGGCAUAUGUUUAUUAUGAUAGUAUUUUGCAAGCAUACACCCCUUAG